CUAACAUGAAAACCAGAACUCUUCUCUUCUGCCUAUAAUUUCCAGCCUUCCUUGACUUCAUAGAAAUUAAAGCAUGGCUGAUGCUGUGAUAUCUUUUGCAAUUGAAAAACUUGGUGAUUUUCUUGUUCACCAGGUUAACAUACGAAUAGGAGUUCGAGAUGAUAUAAGGUGGCUCAAAGAAGAACUGGGCCUCCUCCAGGCUACUGGAGAACUGGCAGAAUCAAGGCAAGAAGAGAAACUCGUCCGUCUAUGGCUAAACACUGUCAAAGAUGUUGCCAAUGAUGCUGUGGAUAUCCUGAAGAGGUUUCAGGAUGGACAAGCCAGUCUGGAACAAGGUCAUAUGGAUAGAUUUCUCAACUGUCUCUGCAUGUGCAAGAAAGAAGCUCAGCUUUAUGACAUUGGCAAUGAUAUCGAGUCGCUCAAGAAAAGGAUCGAAGAUAUCAAUAAGAGGAGACUCCAGUACGGGAUCGACAAUAUUUUAGCUGGUCCAGAGGUGAAACAAAAUGACAGAAGCUUAAUCAGAGCGAGCGCCAUUGAUAAACAUGUGGAUGUGGUUGGUUUUAAGGAGGAUAUUAAGAAGUUGAUGAAGAAACUUAAUAGCCAGGAUCCGGCCCUCAAAAUCAUUUCCAUUCACGGACUGGGAGGAUUGGGCAAGACUUCACUUGCCACCAAGUUGUACAACUCUAACGAGUUGAAACAUUUUGGCACCCGUGCUAAAGUUUCUGUCUCCAGCGACUAUAACAUCAAAGAUGUCCUUAAGAGGAUAAUAAAGUCUUUCAAGGGACCAGAGCAUGAACAAUAUAUGUCAAACAUGGAUGAGCAUGACUUGCUUCGGUACUUACCAAAGUUACUCCAGAAAAAAGGUUGCUAUUUGGCACUUAUUGAUGAUAUAUGGGAUAUAAACGCUUGGAACCAGAUCAAGAUCGCUUUUCCAAACAAAAACAACGGCAGUAGGAUCAUUAUAACUACAAGAAACAAGAAAGUCGCAGAGACUGUGGAUAAGAAUGUUUUAGCCUAUCAACUUCGUUUUUUGAGGGAAGAGGAAAGCUGGGAACUGUUCUGCAAGACAGCACAACCAACCCAGAAUUUAAAGAACUUGGGAAGAGAGAUGGUUGGUAAAUGUCGAGGUUUACCACUUGCAAUUGUGAUACUGGGCGGCCUUUUAUUGAAAAACAAGAGCUACGACUAUUGGUCAAAGGUGAAGGAGCAUAUCUGGAGAAACUUGAGGGAUGAUUCGGUGGAUAUUGAAGAAAUACUGAGCUUGAGUUAUAAAGACUUGUCUCCCCAAAUGAAAGAUUGUUUUCUCUACCUUGCAAGAUAUCCAGAAGACCAAAUUAUUGUCGUCGAACGUUUGAAGCAUUUAUGGAUUGCAGAGCAAUUCAUAUCAGAAGAUGAAGAAGGAGAUGGAAAACUCAUGGAGGAUUUGGCCGAAGGUUGUCUAAAUGAGCUAAUUGAUCGCAACUUGAUUCAGACUGAGUCGUUGCUAUUGAAUGAGAAAGUUGAAAGAUGCCGGGUCCAUGAUCUUGUGCGUGAACUUGUCAUAAAAAAAGCAAAGGAGCAGAAACUGUUGGUUAAUUUUGAUUCAAGUAAACACCAACCAAAUCUCAUCCAUUUAUUGGAAGGACAACGGCGUCAUGCUAUUUCCGAUGGAAUUGGUGAGUACUUGAAAUUACUUGAUCAGCGUAGAUUUGAUGCUUUAUAUUUACAUUCCCUACUGCUGGAAGAAUAUACUGGUAGAGUGAAAUUAAAAGAAAUGAAGUUGAUGUACACCAGAUUUAAAAAUCUCAAAGUGCUAGAUAUGUCGAGUGUAGAAUCAGAGAGGAUACCAGAAGAAAUAGGGGACUUGGUUCUCUUAAAGUUCUUAGGCUUCGUGGGUAGUGAAGGUAAAACAAUAGCAGUGCCAGCAAGUAUAGGCAAGCUGAAAAAGUUACAAUCUUUAUGGGGUGGGUUCAGUACAUCCUACGCAGUUCCCAGAGAGAUAUGGGAGCUGCCUGAGUUGAGGCAUAUGUAUUUUUUAUUCAUCAAAAUUAGCGGGAGGUUGAAGAUUGGUAGCCGCCAAACAAAACUCCAUUCUUUGUCUGGUAUAGAUUUUAAGGAAUGGGUCAAGAUUGAUACUGUCAAUUUCGCUAACCUCCGUGCAUUAUCUAUAGAAAAAAAUCUAGCCGCAGAAGAAGAUGAAGAAGGAGAAGGCGGAGCAAGCUGCUCGUUGGAAUCCUUAACUAAUUUAACAAAUCUCCAAACAUUCAGACUUUGGUUGCCUCCUGGUGCCGUUAUUCCAACAAUGAAAUCACUUUCAUCUUUGAAAUUUCUCAAGAGCGUCGACUUAUGGGGUGUUAUAGAAGAUCUAUCAGAACUACGUUUUCUUCCGGAUUCAAUCACGGAUUUAACCCUAUACGGUAGUGGGUUAACAGAAGAUCCAAUGCCCUGCUUAGGAAAUUUACCGAAUCUUACGGCUCUUCAGUUGGAAGAGGUGUACGAUGGAAAUAAAAUGGUCUGCGGUAAAAAUGCAUUUUCGAGUCUUCAAAUUUUAAUACUAAGAUAUUUCACCAGUCUGAGAGAAUUGCAAGUUGAGGACGGAGCACUCCCUUGCCUCAAAAGUUUUCAAGCACUUGAGUGUAAGAAGCUGAAGAAGAUUCCUGUCCAACUAGAACGUUUCUUGACUCAGGCCAACUAAAAGUCUUGGAAGCAUCCCCAGAAGAAUCACUUUUUUUUUUUGUCAGGGUGCAUCUCUACUUAUAUUUUUAAGUUUGAUCGGAAGUCUUUAUGUAAUUUACAGUUUCAUUUGGGGUUUUUCUUCAAUUUUAUUCUAAAAAAUCUGUAAUUUGUUUCCUUUCAAUUGAAGUAUUUUAAUUUUUAAUUUCA